CUAAGCAAGCAAAACGAUGUCUGAAACCAUCCCCACAACCUCAGAUUCAUCAUCCCUUGACUCCAUCUCCAAAGUUCAAUCUACCAUUCAAGCCCUCUCUCACAUUGUCACCGUCGUUCCUCCCUCCCUCUCUUCCUCCCCAAACCCCUCGCUUGCUCUCCUCCAUGACCCUCAAAUCACGUCACAGAUCUCAUCACUCCUACGCCAACCCAACUCCGGCGCUGGAGACAACAAUCUCUGCCGAUGGCUUUAUGACACAUUCCAGUCAUCCGACCCCAACCUCCAACUGGUGGUUCUUCGGUUCAUCCCAAUCAUUGCAGGUGUUUACCUCUCUCGAGUCCUAAGGAAGCAUCUUGCCGGGUUUGAAGCGGUCCUGUUGGCUCUCUAUGCUCAUGAGACCACCUCACGUGCUGGGCAGGCGAUAACUGUCAACGUCCCGGAUCUGUCACAUUCGAGUAUCUACCAUGAGACGAAAGCACCAUUGAAAAAGGACGACACCGAGCAGAAUUUGGCUGUGGUAUCGCCAAGUUUGGAGCCUCAUGGGACUGUGAGAUCAAGCCGAAGGGCACGCAUAGUUGGUGUUGCAUUAGAAUUGUACUACAGUAAGAUAUCGCAAAUGCCAGUGGGGUCUAAGGUAGAUUUCUGCGAGUUUUGUGUGGUAUGGGCUGGUCAGAAUGGGGAUAUGUACAAGGAAGGUGGGGUUCAGGAGAAGGGUAUUUCUGGAACGACUGAAUCUGAAAAGGAAAGAGAAGUGAAUGAGGGGAGGAUUCCUCUGCCAUGGGAGCUUCUGCAACCAGUGUUGAGAAUUUUGGGUCAUUGCCUAAUGGGACCAACAAAGAACAAGGAAUUGAGUGAAGCUGCAUCUGCUGCAUGUAGGAGUCUGUAUGCAAGGUCUUUGCAUGAUAUCGAUCCAAAAGCCAUUUUAGCAACUGAGAGUCUUCUCAGGCUUGGGAAGUUGGAAUUGCAAUCCAAUAAUGAUUUUGAUCCUACAGAUAUACCAAAGUCUCAUCUCAUCACCCUCUGAACCCUCUCUACAUAUAUG